AUCCAGCCCCACGCUCACAACACGAAACACCACGCAACAUCGGAGAAUAACUGGCACAGUCUUUGUUUUCUGUUUCUCGUUGACAUCUGAGCCAGCAUCUUAUUCUCUAAAGGAGCUUCAUGCAUUUUUUGUUUGUUUCUUGCCAAACAACUGGAAAUUGGGAAGAAGCAAAGAAGACGCCUUUUGAUAUAGUUCUGUAAAUAUAAGCUAGAGUAUGAUAACUGCAGUACAAUUUAUUGGAGCAUUUGACCGCGGUAGCUGUCCUGGUCUUUGAGGACGAAUGGCUCGUUUAACAUUCUGGUCAUUUUAUGUGCAAUCUCUUUGUUUGAUAUUCAGCCAAACUGUAUACUCAGUUCACGGGACCAUUCGCUAUUCGAUUCCCGAAGAGUUGCAGAAAGGUACUAUUGUUGGGAAUAUUGCAAAAGACCUCGGUCUAGAUGUACGACAGCUCUCCGCUCGGAAGUUUCGGAUUGUAACGGAAAAGCACAAGCAGUAUUUGGAUGUAAAUUCUGAAAACGGACUUUUGUUCGUCGAAGAGAAAAUAGACCGGGAACAGCUCUGCGAACCGAUAUUCGCAUGUGUGUUGACUUUGGAAGCUGUGACUGAGACUCCAUUUAAUUUAUAUCAUAUAGAAGUUGAGAUUAUCGACAUAAACGACAAUCCGCCCGCGUUCCAGAAAGGCGAGAUCCGUUUUGAAAUAUUAGAGGUUGCUUCGCCUGGAGCCCGCUUUCCACUUCAAAGAGCGCACGACCCCGAUUCUUCAAGCAACAGCGUCCACACUUAUCGACUAAGCCAAAAUGAUUUCUUUGCUUUAGAACUACAAAAGAAUAGCGAUCAAAUAAUUACUCCAGAGCUCGUCCUGCAAAAAGCCUUAGAUAGAGAGCAGCAAGCGACUCAUCGACUAACACUAACCGCAAUCGAUGGAGGAUCCCCAAGCAAAUCAGGAAGCAUACAGGUUGUGAUAAUCGUUUCCGAUAUUAAUGACAAUGGACCUGUUUUCGAUGAGAAUGUGUAUCAAGUUGUUAUUCCUGAAAACGCAAAAAAGGGUUCUUUAAUUGCAAAGGUUAAUGCGAUAGAUUUAGACGAGGGAGUAAAUGGUGAAAUAAUGUAUUCUUUCAGCGAUGACACUGGCGAUAAAAUACGUAAACUGUUCAGCAUUGAUCCUGAGAAAGGAGAGAUCAGAGUAAAUGAAAUGAUUGAUUUCGAGGAGAUGGAGAAUUUCGAGAUGACGGUGCAAGCAAAGGACAGAGGCGCUGCAGGAAUACCAUCGUAUUGCAAGGUCCUAGUUAAAGUUACUGAUGUUAAUGAUAAUGCUCCCAAAAUUAUGAUAAAUUCUGUACAUACCCCGAUUCCAGAGGGCGCCCCUAGAGGGACAUUAGUAGCCAUUUUGAAAGUUACGGACAGAGACUCCAAACAAAGACAGGCGGUUUAUUGCCAUGUUUCCACGGAUGUUCCCUUUAAACUUGACAGGUCUUUGAAUAACUAUUACACAGUGGUUACAGAUGGUGUUAUAGAUCGUGAAAAGAUGCCUGAGUAUAACAUUACAAUUACAUGCACGGACACAGGCAACCCCCCGCUUUCGACUAACAAGACCAUUCCAGUGCAAAUAUUGGAUGUAAAUGACAAUGCACCACGCUUUACGCAGCCUUUUUUUACAAUGUAUGUGACGGAAAAUAACGCUAUAGGCUCGUCAAUCGGAUUUCUACCGGCAGUUGAUCCGGACAGGAAUGAAAAUGGCCGACUCUCGUAUUCCAUCCUGGAUAGUUUCGUUCAUGGUGUGCCUGUGUCCGCAUUCGUCUUUGUUGAUUCAAACAGCGGAGUGAUGUUUGCACAGCAAAUAUUCGAUUACGAACAGCUUCACGAUCUUCGGCUUUCUGCACAAGUAAUGGAUAACGGGUCCCCACCGCUCUCCAGUAACGUAACUGUAAAUGUGAUCAUAGUCGAUCAGAAUGAUAACGCCCCCGUGAUCCUAUCACCACUGGCAAAUAAAGGCUCGGCAGCAGAGGAGACCAUGCCCAGAUCUGCUGAUCCGGGUUACCUUGUGAUUAAAGUGACAGCUACAGACGCUGAUUCAGGACAGAACGCCCAGUUAUUUUAUCAGCUUGACCAGCCUACUGAUGAAAGUUUGUUUACCGUAGCUUCCGAAUCAGGAGAAGUAUGGACUAUACGCCGCUUUGACGCAAAAGAUUCACAGAAACAGAAAAUCGUGAUCCUGGUCAGAGAUAACGGAAAGCCUUCACUUUCUUCAACUAUCAGUAUCAACUUGUCAGUGUUAGAAACUGAUCAUGCCAUUGCAUCUGAUGUCGUUGCGCUGAGGGACUCUGAUUUUUGGGCACACGGUGCCAGAGUGUAUUUGAUCAUUUCUUUUGGGAUAAUCUCCUUUGUCUUUCUUGUGGCUAUUGUAAUCCUCGCCAUAAAAGUUCACAAAGGCGCACAUGAAGAUCAUGGCGACUGUUGUUCCUCACAGAUUCUGUUCUGUGCUGCGCGAAGAGAAUCACUGCGAGGCGUUCAAAAGGCCAGUGCGGAUAUUCCAAUUCCGGUUAAUUACCAGGAUGUGUACGAAAGAGCAGCCUUUCUUCAAACAGCUCGAUAUGACGGGUGUCCGACUUCAAAUUCAGUCGCGAGGGACUUCACGCUGUUAAAGUUACAUGCUCCGCUGGAAUCAACGACCACUGUAAAAGAUGGCUCUUUGUUAAUAGAUCACACUGCAAAGGACCCCUAUUCUACUGUGAAGGAAACCAUUCAACCUCACCAGGUUACACGACUCAGCUGAUUCAAUGAUUGAGCUCA